CACUGAGCUACUGCACAGCAGAGCAAAUCGGGCAACUUAUAUUUAGCCUUGCGAGUGGUGCGCUCCGGAUUAUGUCUGGGCCUCUCAGGUUUCGUCUUCAGUACGUUUACGGGUUCGGAGGGGGUCUGGUGACGGGUGGCAGGCCUCUCUUCAGGUGAGGGGAUUGGUUUACUAACGUUUAACCCCCUCUCGUUCUACAAAUAUCUCACAGGCAUGUUAUUCCUCCUCUUUCUCUCUCUCAAGUCUCUCUCUCACAAUCUCUUACUUUAUCUCUUUCUCAAACCCCUCACACACGAAAAUGCUUCUUAUGGUGUAACAGUCAUUUCUCAUUCUGCUUUGACAAGUGAAAGGCUAUUUGUAAACAAAAGAAUUGUCACGGAAGACGUUGGACUACAAAAGGGGCAUUGAGAAUGUGUUCUAAUUAAAUGUGAUUUGAGAACAAUAACUAGGUUUCUGCAAACCACUGGGAGGACCUCAUUUUAGUGCACAUUGAGGUCAUAGUUCAAAAGUUGUUAUGGAUGCACUGGCUUUAGAGGCAAAGUCAAAUGGGGAAGAAAAGAAACCUUCAGCCCCAAGACCAAGACCAAAACCACCCAAAAAAGCUAAACGGAUUGUUUACUUUGAGGUGGAAAUCGUGGAUGCAAAGACAAAGGAGAAGCUACUACUUUUGGACAAAGUGGAGCCAACUUCUACUAUUUUGGAUAUUAAGGCUUUGUUCCACAAAUCAAAUCCCCAGUGGUACCCAGCCAGACAGUGCUUACGCCUGGAUCCCAAGGGUAAGGGUCUAAAGGAUGAGGACGUCUUGCAGACACUCCCUGUCGGAACCACGGCCAGCUUCUAUUUCUCAGACAUGGGGGCCCAGAUCGCCUGGGGCACUGUCUUCCUAUCAGAGUGUUAUGGACCACUCCUCAUUUACUUAAUGUUCUACUUCCGCCUGCCUUUCAUCUACGCCCCAAAGUAUGACUUUACCAGCAGCAAGCAUUGGGUUGUACAUCUGGCCUGCAUGUGUCACUCUUUCCACUAUGUGAAGAGAAUUCUUGAGACGCUGUUCAUCCACCGAAUCUCCCACGGUACAAUGCCUCUGAGAAACAUCUUCAAGAACUGCAGUUAUUACUGGUGUUUCGCAGCAUGGAUGGCUUACUACAUUAACCACCCUCUCUAUACACCACCCUAUUAUGGGCAACAGCAAGUGAAGACAGCACUCAUUAUCUUCUUAUUCUGCCAGGUCGGCAACUUCUCCAUCAAUGUUGCUCUACGCAACCUCAAAUGUCCAGGUUCUAAGGUCAAGAAGAUCCCACACCCGACUAAAAAUCCAUUCACCUGGAUUUUCAUGUUGGUUUCUUGUCCAAACUAUACAUAUGAGCUGGGGUCAUGGGUGGGCUUUACAGUGAUGACCCAGUGCUUGCCAGUGGCUUUCUUCACCAUCGUGGGCUUCAUCCUGAUGACCGUGUGGGCCAGGGGGAAGCACCGAAACUACCGCAAGGAGUUCCGGGACUACCCCACCCUGCGCUCUCCAAUACUGCCCUUCAUCCUGUAAACAGGAGGGGGGGGGGGGGGGGGGGGGGCUGGUCCCACACUUAACUUGACACCCCUUCAGCCUCACUGCAGCUGGAUACUCGGGGGCCUGUUCCUGGUGUUUCUGACUGGGUAGGUUGGAAGGAGACGUUUCAAAUAGCUCAACUAAACUGUGACUGGUUUUUGGAGUUUGAAAACCCUUUAGUGACUUAAAAGGCAGAUGAGUCUUAACCUAAUGCAAUGUGUCCUAGUGAUACCUGCUGUACACAACAAUGGUGUGGAUGCACAAAUAAAGGGAAAAGACACUUGUUUUGCCACAGCAGUGACUUUAACUGUCAACUA